AGUCAAAACAAAAUGUUUACUUCAGUUGAUACCUAUCAGCAACAUAAUUUGCUUUACUCUCUGGCUUGCAUUGUUUCUUUUUUUUAGUAUCUUACCGCUGUAUCUUGAAUGUAACUUAGUGUUCUUUUAUUUUUAAAACUUUUAACAUGAAAUCUACUUCAACAUUAACGCGAUUUCACAAUUGUUACAUUCUACGUGAUAAUAAAAUAAUCAAAGAAGACCUAUGGAUUCGUGAUGGAAAAAUCGAAAAUCCUGAGCAAAUAUUCUAUGUAGAGCAACGUGAAGCAGACUUAACUGUAAAUUGCGAGGACUUACUCAUUGCCCCUGGGUUCAUUGACAUUCAAAUAAAUGGUGGCUGGGGAGUUGACUUUUCAUACGAUUCAGAAAAUGUUCAAGAAGGACUAAACAAAGUUGCAAAAGAGCUAUUGUCACAUGGAGUUACCUCUUUUUGUCCAACCAUGGUAACAUCAGAACCUGAAAAAUAUCAUAAAAUCUUACCACAAAUAAAAAAGACUCCAGGCGGUAGACAUGGUGCAACUAUCCUUGGUGUUCACUUAGAGGGGCCAUUUAUAAGUCCAGCCAAAAAAGGUGCUCAUUUAGAUGAAUACAUCAGGGUACCUGAGAAGGGUUUAGAAACAAUGAAGCAAGUGUAUGGAGCUUUAGAUGAUGUGGUAAUUGUAACCCUUGCACCUGAACUGCCAGGGGCAACACAAGCUAUAAAAGAUCUGACCAAAUUAGGCAUAAAAGUAGCUGUCGGUCAUUCGUCUGCCGGCCUAGCACAAGGAGAGGAUGCAAUAAGAAAUGGUGCCAACUUGAUUACACACUUAUUCAACGCUAUGUUGCCAUUCCAUCACCGUGAUCCUGGUUUAGUUGGACUUUUAGCAUCAAAAACGGAUAAACAAGUGUAUUAUGGAAUUAUAUCUGAUGGUAUACACACACAUCCAUCGGCAUUGCGGAUAGCAUGCAGGGCUAAUCCUGAAGGACUGGUGUUAGUAAGUGACGCCGUAGCAGCUCAGGGAUUAGCUGAUGGUAACUAUCGAAUAGGACCACAAGCGGUCACAGUUGAGGAAGGCCGUGCAUACCUUACAGGAACGAAGGUCUUAUGUGGCAGUACCACUGCUUUAGACUCAUGUGUACUUACUUUUAAAGAUUCUAUAGAAUGCUCCUUGGAGUAUGCUCUGCAAGCAGCCUCCUUACAUCCAGCACGUGCACUCGGUAUUGACAACAGAAAAGGAAAACUUAAUUUCGGAUAUGAUGCAGAUUUUAUUAUCUUGCAUCCUAAAACCUUAAAAGUUCUAUCUACAUGGAUAGCAGGUGAACGCGUUUUCACACGUCAAGGUGAUACCGCAUAACGUACAAUGUACUAAUGAAAUUGUAUUAAUACACAUAUAUCUGUCACGCCUGCCUCUAAAAUUGUAUAUAUAUACCAUUUUUUCAAAAUAAACUUAUAUAUAAUACCUAUCUUAUUUGACAACUUUUAUAGUGCUGUGACAGUAACACAGAAACAGUAGUUUGAAUAAAACGUUUCGUUUUCAUAUCUUAAUGUAACAAAUUUUAGAAAUUUUAUAAAUUGGCUGAUGUCUUGGUGCUCUGGACUAAACCCCUAGAUUUUCGAUCGCUGAUCUAUUAUAAUAUUCUUAAAUUGGAAAUCAGGUAAUUGAUGUGAUUAUGUGAUACUUCAGAGUGCUUUUUAGUUGUGCCUUAAAUUUACCGUGAUUGAGAUAAAAAUGCCUGCUAUAUGCUCUAAGGCAAUGCACGAGUAAUAUCUGACGAAUGGUUAAGAGCGUUUGUAACUUUAGCUUACCAAAGUGUGGCAACAUGGAAAUUGUCUUUAUCUACCAACUUAGUACAGAUAAGAAGAAAACGAACGCAAACCGACUUUGGUCUACCAUAAAUUAAUACACUGAAUAUCAAUGAGUCACAAUUUUAGUAGAGUGGCGAUUACGAUUUAUGAGGUCUUAAUAACAGUAAAUAAAAUAUAACAUAUACAUUAUUUUUGAUAAUAAAAGUCAUCGCACAUUAUAUAUAUUGAUGACAAUAAUGUACUAGUCAAACUAGUACAUGUUUCUUUAAAUUUUUGGUUUGGACCUUAAAUUUGGAGACACUGGGGCCGAUUCUGAGGCGCUAUUUCUCUAAUCCUAUCUCUUUAAUAUUUUAAUUUGAUAAUUUCGAAUUUUCUGUUUUAUGGACCAUUGUAAACUAAAUUUAUAAGAAAUUUUGUACAUAUUGAUUCUUAAAAGUUUCGGUGCUAUCCCAAAAUAAAAUUUUAAGAGAUAGAAUUAGAGAAAUGGCGUCCCAGAAUCGACCCUAUUGCUUGUAAUUUAGUAUGUAAACAUAUUAAUCAAUUUUAUUCAAAGUGAAGCAAAAAAUAUGAUUUGUUUGCCAUUACUACGAAUAGGUAAAUAUGUUAUUUUUUGUUAAAAAAUUAUAAUAAAUAUGCAUCAUAUAC